AUGGAGCAGCAGGCAGCAUCUGAGCGUUUUGUGCUGUACGGUGGCGAUCUGCGUAACAGCAUCGAGGCUGGUUGUAACAGUUUAGGCGAGCUGGUCGUAAAGCGGUUACUUCGCAAUGGUGACGAAGUGGCACUGGUGGAUGCUGUUUCGGGAGAAACGCUUACGUACCAUCAGAUUCUUGCCCGUGCACUCAAGCUGGCCAAUCGCUUCCAUCGGCUCGGCAUAAAGCGUAACAGCGUGGUUGGAAUUUGCAGUGAAAACAGCAUCCACUUCCCCAUCGUUACGUUCGCAACGAUCAUGCUCGGCGGUACUGUGCUACCGAUCAACUACAGCUACAGCCCUUCCGAGUUGCAGCACGUACUGCAGCUAACCAAACCAAUCGCUCUGUUUGCGUCCGAAGCACCGCUUCGCAAGAUCGUCGCUAUGCGGAACGCUCUGCCAUCGGUUAAACUGCUCGUUUCGCUCGGCAAGGAUCGUCAAUCGCGUGGAGUGGCCCUGCUGAGUGAUUUCUUCGAUAGCAGCCCGGUCAGUAAUAUGCGCAGUUUCACGCCACAACCAGUUCCGCUGAAAAAACAAGUCGCCGUGAUGGUGAUGUCGUCCGGGACGACAGGACUCCCGAAAGCGGUUCAGCUAACGCACCACAACGUGAUGACGGUGAUGGCGUACCAGGCGGAAGAUCCACGCUACACCGAAUUGCCCGUACCGUUGCGUGUACUUGGUCUGUUACCGUUCUACCAUGUGUUUGGUUUUAUGCUGUCGCUUAACAGCUGCCUUAACAAAGUUCCCAUGGUGGUGUUGUCCCACUUUGAGCCGAACCUUUUCCUGCGCACCAUUCAAGAUCAUCGCAUUACCAUGGCAAGUCUCGUGCCACCGCUUGUGGUCUUUCUCGCCAAGAGUCCACUAGUGGAGAGUUACGACUUGCGCUCACUGUAUGCAGUGCUGUGCGGUGCUGCUCCACUCAGCCGGGAGAUAGAAGAGCUGGUCCGGUCCCGUCUGCCGAAUGUGCACACGAUCCGCACCGGUUAUGGUAUGAGUGAAACUUCCCUCGGGGUCAUAUCGCGCACAAACGAUAAGAUUGGUUCCGUUGGCAAGGUACAUAAAACCACCUACGUGAAGGUGGUUGAUCUAGAAAUGGGUGGUGCGCUUGGUCCAAACCAGACCGGCGAGAUCUGCAUCAAGGGUCCACUGGUGAUGAAAGGCUAUCUCCACAAUGACCGCGCAACGUCCGAAAUGAUCGAUGCCGAUGGUUGGCUGCACACCGGAGACAUUGGAUAUUACGACCAGGAGCAAGACUUCUACAUUGUCGAUCGCAUUAAAGAUCUGAUCAAGUACAAGGGAUUCCAGGUGCCACCGGCUGAGCUAGAGGAUGUGCUGCUCAGCCAUCCAAAGGUACGGGACUGUGCAGUGGUUGGUGUUCCGGACGAAAUCGCCGGAGAACUCCCGGCAGCUUUCGUUGUAACCCAACCGGGCAAAGAGGUUACCGAACAGGAAGUAAUCCAAUGCGUCGCAUCCAAAUUGUCACCCCAAAAGCACCUGCGCGGAGGUGUUUUCUUUGUGGACGAAAUACCCAAAACGGGCAGUGGUAAGAUAUUGCGCCGUCAGCUUCGCGAUGCUUUGCAACAGCGAAAGUCGAAACUGUAA